GAGCGACCGAGCGGUGCCUGGCCAGGUGUGCGCGUCCGUCGGUCCUUCCGUGCCCGCGCCGGAGACCAGCCCCGGAGGCCGCCCGGGCCCGUCCCUGUGCCCGGCACCAUGAAGCAGGAGACCCUGAACACGCCCCCGGACUCACCGUCCGCUGCACAACCUGCAUCACAGACCUCAUCAGAGACUGCGCAGCCCCACCACCAUCACGACGACCCCCAAGCGCUGUGGAUUUUCGGGUAUGGCUCCCUGGUGUGGAGGCCCGACUUCAGCUACAGUGACAGCCGUGUGGGCUUUGUACGCGGCUAUAGCCGCCGCUUCUGGCAGGGAGACACCUUCCAUCGGGGCAGCGACAAGAUGCCUGGCCGUGUGGUGACACUUCUUGAAGAUCAUGAGGGCUGCACUUGGGGUGUGGCAUACCAGGUGCAAGGGGAACAGGUGAGCGAGGCCCUGAAGUACCUGAAUGUGCGGGAAGCAGUGCUCGGCGGCUAUGAUAUCAAGGAGGUGACUUUCUACCCUCAAGAUACCCCUGACCAACCACUGAAGGCAUUGGCCUAUGUGGCCACUCCACAGAACCCUGGCUACCUGGGCCCUGCACCUGAGGAGGCCAUUGCUACACAGAUUCUGGCCUGCCGAGGCUUCUCAGGCCACAACCUUGAGUACUUGCUGCGCCUGGCUGACUUCAUGCAGCUCCUUGGGCCCCAGGCCCAGGAUGAGCACCUGGCAGCCAUCGUGGAUGCUGUGGGCACCAUGUUGCCCUGCUUUUGCCCCACCGAGCAGGCUCUGGCACUUGUCUGAGGGUCUGAGCCCCUGCAGGGAGUGUCUGCCUGGACAAUGGGGCCAGGUUCCUACUCUAGUGCACACAGACUUGAUAUGGUUAGAGCCCAUUGAGAGGACUCUGGGUGGCCAGGAAGUUCUUUCCGUUAGUGCCUGCCAUUCUGCCAGCCUCCAGCUCUUUGCCUGAAACUGACUUACUACUUGAAACUUUAUUUAUUGCACCAUGUUGGUGUGGUGGGCAGGGUGGGGGACCUGCCCAGAUGCAGGGGCCUGCUGAGCGGUGCCCCACCCUAGGUUCCUGGUGCUGGACCAGAUUGCCCCCGAGUGCUGCUACUAACCCCACACCACCCAGACUUCCACUUUCCCAGGGAGCCUCCAAGAACCUUGACUCUCUUGUCCCCCUCCCACUGUUCCCUAGUCCCGUGAUACCACCUGCCAGAGGUCUCAGCUCGCCGGUGAAGGAUAGCAGGGAGUAAGAGCAGGGGAUCCUCUAAGAACUGAAGCCCCACCAGCCCUGCUCAUCUGUUAGGUCCCUAGAGAAGAGCUGGGUCUACAGCCCAGCCUGGACCUCUACCCAUUUGGCUUUGUCUCCCUAUCCCUGUCUGUUUCGGUCACUCCUAUUUGUUGUUCCAUUCCUGGGAAGUUCAUCACUGUAGGCGCAGGCACCUUUCCAGUGUCUCCCAUACACUAUCCA